GAUUUUCAGCUGAACCCAGGUGCUUAUAAUCGGGAAAAUAAUCUUGUUGGUGCUAUUGGUAUAGUACGAAGUGCAAAAGAUGAGUUUAAUGUAAAGGAUCUUCAUCCUGAAGAACAAAAACUAGUUAAUAACUUUAGAAAGACCUGCUAUAUUUCAACGUUAAUUGUAGCACCAGACUUUAGAAAGAAAGGCAUCGCUACACAAUUGUUGCAACGUGGUACUACAAGGCUGGCACAAAAAGGCAGUCAACUAGUUUAUCUUCAUGUUUUACAUUCAAAUAUACCUGCAAUUCGCCUUUACGAGAAAUUGGGAUUUGAAAGAGUUGCCGAUGUUCCAAAUUACUAUACGAUCAACGGUGCACGGGAGACCGGCAUCAUCUACAGUAAAGUCGAAGUGAUAAUUGAGCGGACAUUUGCAUUCUAUUUUGUGGCUGAUUACGAAAAGAAACCUCGCCUUUGGAUUUCCACUAGCAUUCUGGCAGUCACUCUGCCAAUCACACUUCUAGUUACUGUUAUGAUGCUGAUUCGUAUCAUUCCAAUAAAAAUCAUCAUCAUUGCGGAUUGUGUAAUGACACUGCUAUUCCUUAUUAUUUUUGUGGUGCUCUAUCGUUUGAAUGUUUUACGUCUCCAUGAAUUGAGAGCUGGAAUUGCUCACUGCAAAACGAAGAACACACUCAGCACAAAAUUCCAACUUCUGGAGAACGUACGAGUGAUGAGGCUUGCGAUGAUAGCGUUUACUGUCGGCUCUACACUGACAUUUAUUGGUGUAGGACUAUUUGCAUUGGCUCUACUCGUAUACUAUGAUCAACCCGAAGCACGUCAACUUUGCUUGGUGCUUUUGGAUUUACUGGUAGCCCUCUCAACUGCUGUCGGCUUUUUCGCCUUCCUGUUGAUCUUCAACGAAUGGCGUCAGGCUAUAAGAGAGUGGCCCUUGGCUCUAAAGCUCUGCCACAUUCUUCGGAUUCAACUCAAUGAACCCUGUCAAAAUAUCGAUGAUCACCGUGGUGCAACCGAUCACUACUUUAAUCAAUUACGACGGGCAUGGGAAUGA